UGAACGUCAGUGACACGUGACGUAGUAGUCACGUGACAAGUUUAGCCGGUUAAACUUCCUGUUGUCAAUACUUUGAAUAAACAUCUUUAUUUGCUCUAACUCACCAUUUAACUGUUUAGAACAGGUCAGCUGUGGAUUUUAUAUUCGAGGUACGCAUUUCCGCGGGUCAAACGCUCUACCAGCAUCAAACAGAAACAAACAGGUCGUAUUUACAAUCUGGCAGCUAAUGCUAGUUGCUAAUAACUGUAGUUAACGUUACCAGGGGUGACACGUUUCUCUUCAGACUUUAGCUUUAGUACGUUAGCUUCAACCGGUGUGCUUUACGUGUAUUAUACUGCAGCAGGUGUUCAGUUUGUUAGUUUGCACCAUGGCCGGUCUGCUUUCAAUGCAGUGCGCUGCCUCUUUGAGGAAAUCCGGAAGCCUAAUUCAUUUAAGAUGUACUGCUCUGGGCAUCGAUAAACGAAACUACAGCAGCAGAAAAGGCUUUUCAGGCGAGUACCUGCACCAAAGUGUUGUACCAUCGAUGCAUUACCAGAAGAGUUUACCCAGGCUGCCCAUACCAAAGCUUGAGGAUACCAUCAGGAGGUAUUUAGCAGCCCAGAGACCUCUGUUGGAUGAUGACCAGUUCAGAACAACAGAGAAACUUGCACAAGAUUUCCAGAACAGUGUGGGGAAACAGCUGCACGAAGAACUGGUUGCUCAGGACAAAAACAAUAAGCACACAAGCUACAUCUCAGGACCAUGGUUUGACAUGUAUCUGUCUGCUCGCGACUCUGUGGUGCUGAACUUCAACCCCUUCAUGUCCUUCAAUCCUGACCCGAAGACGGAGUACAAUGACCAGCUCGUGCGGGCGACCAACGUGGUGUGUUCCGCAGUGCGCUUCAUGAAAACGCUGCGAGCCGGAUUACUGGAGCCGGAAGUUUUCCACCUCAACCCAGCAAAAAGUGACACAGACGGCUUCAAAAAGUUUAUCCGCUGGGUCCCGUCUUCUCUGUCUUGGUUUGGAGCCUACAUGGUGAAUGCUUACCCCCUGGAUAUGUCUCAGUACUUUCGCCUCUUCAACUCAACUCGGAUUCCCAAGAGUGGGAGAGAUGAGCUCUUCACUGAUGACAAAGCAAGACAUCUCCUGGUUAUGAGGAAAGGCAACAUGUAUGUGUUUGACAUUGUAGACAGGGAUGGGAAUUUGGUGAAUCCUGCAGCGAUCCAGUCCCACUUGAAGUACAUUUUGACCGACCCGACGCCAGCAGCCGCCUUCCCUCUCGGGGUCCUGACCAGUGAGAACAGGGACGUGUGGGCCGGGCUGAGGGACAAGCUGAUAGCUGCCGGAAACGCCGAGGAUCUACGAAUGGUCGACAGCGCCCUUUUCUGUCUCAGUCUGGACGAUGAAAGCAUGAGGGACCACAUUCACAUCUCUCACAACAUGCUGCACGGCGACGGCUGCAACCGCUGGUAUGACAAGUCCUUCAGCGUCAUUCUCACCAAAGACGGACAGGCGGCUAUCAAUUUCGAGCACUCCUGGGGCGACGGCGUAGCUGUGCUUCGCUUUCAGAACGAGAUCUUCAAAGACACGACGGAGCAGCCGCUGGUCCACCCGGGCUCCGCUCCCGCUGCUGAGGAUUCAGCCUCCGCCGUCCGCAGACUGCAGUUCAACUUGGACGCCGAGUUGGAGAACGGCAUCAAAAAAGCCAAAGAGAACUUUGACUCGGCUGUAUCGAAACUCACCAUUGACGCCAUGGAGUUCAAGAAAGGUGGAAAGGAACAGUUGAAGAAGAGCAAGCUGAGUCCAGAUGCUAUAGCCCAGCUGGCUUUUCAGAUGGGUUUCUUGAGGCAGUACGGACAGACAGUAGCCACAUAUGAGUCCUGCAGCACUGCAGCGUUCAAGCACGGUCGCACAGAGACCAUCCGACCAGCCACCGUACACACAGAUCGGUGUGCACGUGCCUUUGUCUGCCAGCCAGGCCAACACAGUGUGGAGCAGCUGAAAGCCAUGCUGAAUGAAUGCUCUAAAUAUCACGGGCAGCUCACCAAGGAAGCAGCUAUGGGACAAGGUUUUGACCGUCACCUGUUCGCCAUGCGGUACCUGGCCAAUUCAAAGGGUCAAGCCCUGCCCAGUCUGUACACAGACCCAGCCUACGCUGCCAUCAACCACAACAUCCUCUCCACCAGCACCCUCACCAGUCCAGCUGUGAACCUCGGUGGCUUCGCCCCGGUGGUGCCUGACGGCUUCGGUGUUGGCUACGGCGUCCAUGACGACUGGAUCGGCUGCAACGUGUCCAGCUACCCGGCCCGCAACGUCCACGAAUUCCUGCAGUGUGUCCACAAGUCCUUAGAGGACAUUUUCACUGUCCUUGAAGGGAAGGCACUUGGCUAAGAAAUAAGAGUGUGUCAUCACCACAGAGGGAAGAAGAAAAAGCUUGAUUUAGUAGAAGAGUGAAUAGGAGUGCAGUCAUCUUUCUCAGCUUCCAAAUUGUUGAUUAACUUCUUUCGGCAACCAUGCAGUAAAUAAGAGGAAUAAUAUAUCGUGUACAGAAACAAAAAGAGAAUCACAAUGCUUCAAUUUGUGGUUUUGUGGUUAGGAAAAAUGAGUUGCUCUUGUGUUGCAAGAGAUAAGAUAAAAGAGAUAAGAUAAAAAAUUGACAGAGACAUCACUAAGACAAAGGAGGUUGAGUUGAGAAAACCAUUUGAGCAAUACUUGAGAAGUGGGAUCAACUGAGGAGAUCUCAUAGUUGAAUGCCCCGGAUCUCAAUGAUGUCUCAGUUCAAUUCUCCUUCAAAAUAAUCGAGACAUAAUUGAGAUCAGGGGCAUACAACUAUGUGAUCUCCUCAGAUUGAGCAACACAUGAGCAACUCAUCUUCCCUACGGGUGGGGACAUAGCUCACAAACAUUGAAGGGAUAGUUUGAGAUUUGGACAUUAAGUUGUAUGAAAUAGUUGCCAGUAGUGUAGUGGAUGCAAAACUAUUAGCUCACUUUCUGAGCUCUGAUGUCGGAGUUCUGGCUGGUUCGAUUGUAGAAUAGGUAGUUCUGGAAAGCAAUAUCAGAAACAAACUUCACUUGGCACUACUUUGUUUCUUGAAAAAGUAAUAUAGUAUUAAUAUUACUACAUGUUGCUGCAGGUACAGGCCAGCAGCGCAAGUGAGGUAGGUUUCUGAUGUGCCCUCUCUAGAGCAGGGAUGGGCAACUUAAAUGCUGGAGGGGGCCACAAUUUUUCACAGACACUACCACAGGGCCACAUAUAGGACCGUGCACUUAACCAGAUAUGAUGAAACUGCAAUUUUAAAUUUGUUUACAGUGCAGUAACUUAACAUAUUUCAUGCUCAAAUGCAUGUAGAACAGUAUAAGUAGGAAUACAAAAGGUUUGAAGCAAACAAAAAAUAGCCACUUGCUAUGAUUUUUUUUUUCAGUGCAAGAACAGCAGACCAACAUUAAUGGCAAGAAGUAAUUUUGUGCUUUUUUACACUGCACUUUUAAGAUUAAAUGCUCAAAUGCAUGUAGUUGUACUGAGGACCACUUCAAGUGAGGGUGCAGGCUGUAAUUGGCCCCCGGGCCUCCAGUUGCUCAUCCCUGCUCUGGAGCCUGCAGUGGCUUCUGUGGAAUCAUGGCGGUGCAACAUGAGGACCCAUUCUGUGUAGAUACGAUACGAGAGAGGGUUUUUUCUGAGCUAAUCAAAACACAAUGAUUUAAUGAUGAUGAAAGUUUCAAGUGAUUAUACUCAAAUGAAACAUUAUGAAUAUUAUAUUCAAUUUUUGCAGGUAGAUACCCUUAAAUCCUACACACUGGCCCCUUAAAUGUGUUCUUCGAAGGGGUUUGAUUAUUACUGCAGGUAUAAAACAGGUGCUCAUGUCAGUUCAUCAACACUGAUGUGAAAUGGGAAAGUUUCUAAUGUCAGCCUCUGACAGCGGACAUAAUAUUUAUUGCAUGAUGAAAACUAUGGACAGGAAAUACUGAUAAAAUAGUUAGUUUUCUGAGACAUAAGUCUCUAAAGUCAGUGUACUGUAGCCUAAUGUUAGGUGUUUUUUUGUUUUCACAGUAUGUCAUACAAGAUUCACAGUACUCAUUAAUGAAGCAGGGGCUUUUUACAUGUUGAACUUCUCUGCAAUAGAGUUUGGAGUCAGAUCUGUGCCUUAUGAAGAUGUGAAUUUAAUAGUGCAAUUGCAGAUUCUAUUUAAAUUGCCUUCACUGUCAUUUACAGCCUCAUCAACGUUUUGAUUGUAUUUUGUGAAAUAAAACCUAAUUUAAUUA